AUGGGCCGCGGUUUCAGGACCAAAUAUCCCAAUGUCAAACAUAAGGAUUUUGUCACUCAUACUAUCUUGACGAAAAGUUCAUCUCCUCCGACCACUCUGACUUCUCAGCAUCCCUCAGCUAUACUUUCGGGCAAGGAGCCCCGUUCAUUUAAAGAGGCCAUGCGGGAUGCAGGUUGGAGGAAAUCAAUGCAAGAUGAGAUACGAGCCCUUGAAAAUAAUAGUACUUGGAACAUGGAAGAUCUACCUCCUGGUAAGAAGGCUCUGGGCAGUAAGUGGGUUUAUCGCAUUAAGUACAAGUCUGAUGGCAGUGUGGAACGACUCAAAUCAAGGCUAGUUGUUUUGGGUAAUCAUCAAAAGGAGGGCAUUGACUACAAUGAAACAUUUGCUCCAGUGGCCAAAAUGGUCACAGUCCGUGCCUUUCUUGCCAUUGCAGCUUCUAAACAUUGA